UCCUGAAUUCGCUGCACUUUUCACAUGUCGCUUUUCCAGAGCAGCAUGUUCGGAUCUGCUGAAGCUACAGACAUGCAAGAGGAACCCUUGGUUGAAACAUUUGAAACUGAUGAAGAAGCUCAAGCUCAACUUGGAGAACUUGUUGAGGAAGAUGAUGUUCCGGUCAGCCGCCUCAGCAAGACGCCAUUCGACGUGGAGAGGAGUUGCACAGACUGGUGGUGUCUCAUCAUUGCUCUGGUCGCGACAAUAGGAGCAGUUUUCCUGUGUCACCACCUUCUCAUCGGCUCAAAUUUGGAUGUGCUCGCUCACGGGUACAGCUAUCAGCAGUUGGUGUGUCCUAGCGAGGCGAAAGAUCCUUUACACCUUGGCCAGAAAUCAAAGCCAAAAUAUGCCUUUUGGUGCCUGAAUGCUACACGCACAGGCUUGGUUUUGGACGAGCCGAUAUGCGUUGAGAAGUGCCCUAUUUCUGAUUACACGUAUCACCUUUGCCAACAUGGCCAGGUUCAACGACAGGACUAUGCCAGCGUCCAGUCAGGCUUUUAUUGUUCGCCACUGGACGCCCAACUGCGGUCCGAGGUUCAAAGGGCCUUUUCGAGCAGAAGAGGCAGACUCUUGAGGCUGUUUGGCGUAGUGAUCCGGGAAUGGUUUCUCUUUGCAAUGGGAGCUGUCAUUGCCUGCAUCAUUGGGUACCUCUACAUGAUUGCUCUCUUUUUCGAUGCCGAAACAGUCAUACACCGAACUUUGACUUUGAUCACUUUUCUUCCUCUUGGCUCUGGUUUGUACCUGCUGCUCACAGCUUUGGAGCCAUUCGAAGGGACCUCGGUUGAUGUCUACGCCUAUGUUGACCUUUCGCCUCAAGAAGCUGAGCACCAAAAAAUUAUCGUAGG